AUGCAUCAGAGAUACUUUUGGACUGAGCAGGGCCAAGUGGCGCUCGGCGAGCACUUCAUGGCAGAGGGCGAAGGGUACUUUGCCAUGGCUGAGGACGAGCUGGCCAGCGGCCCCUACAUCCCCCUGGGAAGCGACUUUAGCGGCGGCGACUUUGGCGGCGACGGAAGCAGCUUCGACGGGCACUGCUUGGAUUAUUGCGAAAGCGCCACGGCACACUGCAACGUGCUGAACUGGGAGCAAGUGCAACGACUGGAUGGCAUCCUGAGUGAGACCAUCCCGAUCCACGGGCGCGGCAACUUCCCUACGCUCGAGCUGCAGCCCAGCCUGAUAGUGAAGGUGGUGAGGCGGCGCCUGGCGGAGAAGCGCAUCGGCGUCCGCGACGUGCGCCUCAACGGCUCGGCCGCCAGCCACGUUCUGCACCAGGACAGCGGCCUGGGCUACAAGGACCUGGACCUCAUCUUCUGCGCAGACCUGCGCGGGGAAGAGGAGUUUCAGACUGUGAAGGACGUAGUGUUGGACUGCUUGUUGGAUUUCUUACCCGAAGGGGUGAACAAAGAGAAGAUCACACCACUUACUCUCAAGGAAGCUUAUGUGCAGAAAAUGGUUAAAGUAUGCAAUGACUCUGACCGAUGGAGUCUUAUCUCCCUGUCAAACAACAGUGGCAAAAAUGUGGAACUGAAAUUUGUGGAUUCUCUCCGGAGGCAGUUUGAAUUCAGUGUAGAUUCUUUUCAAAUCAAAUUAGACUCUCUCCUCCUCUUUUAUGAAUGUUCAGAGAACCCAAUGACUGAAACAUUUCACCCCACUAUAAUUGGUGAGAGUGUCUACGGCGAUUUUCAUGAAGCUUUUGAUCACCUUUGUAACAAGAUCAUUGCCACCAGAAACCCAGAGGAAAUCAGAGGGGGAGGACUGCUUAAGUACUGCAACCUCUUAGUGAGGGGCUUUAGGCCUGCCUCCGAUGAGAUCAAGACCCUUCAGAGGUAUAUGUGUUCCAGGUUUUUCAUCGACUUCUCAGAUAUUGGAGAGCAGCAGAGAAAACUGGAGUCCUAUUUGCAGAACCAUUUCGUGGGAUUGGAAGACCGCAAGUAUGACUAUCUCAUGACCCUUCAUGGAGUGGUGAAUGAGAGUACAGUGUGCCUAAUGGGACACGAAAGAAGACAGACUUUAAACCUUAUUACGAUGCUGGCUAUCCGGGUGCUAGCUGACCAAAAUGUCAUCCCUAAUGUGGCCAAUGUCACUUGCUAUUACCAGCCAGCCCCCUAUGUAGCAGAUGCCAACUUCAGCAAUUACUACAUCGCACAGGUUCAGCCAGUAUUCACGUGCCAGCAACAGACAUACUCCACUUGGCUACCCUGUAAUUAA